AUGACUCUCACCGAAGCUAACGUUCCGUCGAGAAGCGUUGAAGAGAAGGACGACGCCGGACGCCUUCAGCAGUACAAAAAUGUGACGAAACAUGAGGUAAGCGCGUAAAGUUCUCGAAAUUAAUCAGGACAUUUUUUAUUUCAGGAGCUGCGUCGCCGCCGUACCGAGUGCAGCGUGGAGAUUCGAAAGCAGAAGGGCGCCGACAUGAUGAUGAAGCGCCGGAAUAUUGUCGAAGUGGACGAGGACGACUACAACUCGGAGUCGGAGCUCGAGGAGCCGCAGCAGAAGCCCCCGUCGACGCGUCUCUCGCACGACGACAUAAAGCGUAUUCUGUCGGCGAAUCCGUCGGACGAGGACAUGGUCCGGUGCUUCGAGUCGCUGCGCAAGUCGCUCUCCAAGACCAAGAACCCGCCGAUAGACGAUGUCAUCCAGUCGGGACUCCUGCAGGCGCUCGCCACCGCGCUCACUGUUCAGGUUCGUCAAGACGCUAAUUCAAUCUGUAUUUGACAGUGUUUUGUCAGAUUUCGUGUAGAUUUAUGUGAAAACUGAUUUUUCAGAACGACAAAGUGCAGUACGAGGCGGCGUGGGCACUCACCAACAUAGUGUCCGGGACGACGGAGCAGACGGUCGCCGCCGUCGAAGCGGGCGUCACUGCGCCUCUGAUCCAGCUCUCCGUGCAUCCGAACGCCCAGAUCUCGGAGCAAUCUCUGUGGGCGAUGGCUAACAUCGCCGGAGACUCGGCCCAACUCCGCGACUACGUCAUCAAGUGCCACGGCGUCGAGGCACUCAUGCACCUGAUGGAUCGUGUCGAAACGCUGGAGGACUCGCACGUGCGCACCAUCGCGUGGGCCUUCUCGAACAUGUGCCGUCACAAGCAGCCGAACGCGUCGCUCGAGGUUCUGCGCGUGCUCUCCCGCGGACUCGUCAAGCUCGUCCAGCAUCCGGACCGUCAGGUGCGUCAGGAUGCGUGCUGGGCGGUCUCCUACCUGACCGACGGACCCGACGAGCAGAUCGAGCUGGCGCGCGAGUCCGGCGUUCUCCGGCACGUCGUCGCGUUCUUCAGGGAGGCCGAGACACUCGUGGCACCGGCGCUCCGAACGCUCGGCAACGUUGCGACCGGGAACGACGCGCUGACGCAGGCCGUCAUCGAUAUGGGCACUCUUCACGAGAUCCUGCCGCUGAUGGAGAAGACGCGCUCGACGAGCAUCGUCAAAGAGUGCUGCUGGCUCAUCUCGAACAUCAUUGCCGGAACGCAGAAGCAAAUCCAGGCGGUGCUCGACGCGAACCUCCUGCCGGUCAUCGUGAACGUGCUCAAGUCGGGCGACCACAAGUGCCAGUUCGAGGCCUCGUGGGCGCUGUCGAAUCUGGCGCAGGGAGGCACCGGGCGCCAGGUGGCCGCGAUGCUCGAGGAGAAUGCGGUACCGGUGCUGUGCCAGUCGCUGCAGCAGACCAACACGGACAUGCUCAACAACACGCUCGAGACACUCUACACGCUCCUGCUCACCGUCCAGAAUAAGUGAGUCGCUUUUCAUCACUUCAAAACACACCUAUAAUAUCCAUUUUGCAGCUACCCGAACAAGAUGGACGUCGUGCACGAUCUGGUGGAGGAGUGCGGCGGUCUUGACUCGCUCGAACGUCUCCAGGAGUCGCAGUCGGAGCAGAUCUACACGCAAGCCUACCGCAUCAUCUCGCAAUUCUUCUCCGACGACGAGAAGGAGACGAACGACAAUAUGGCGGACAUCGAGAACGUGCCGGCCGGCCAGAACCAGUGGAACUUCUGA